GCCGCGCUGACAGCCCACCAGGAAGUGUGGCGGACAAAUCCUCCGACAUUCUGCGGCCUUUGCGACUGAAAGCGGAGGAGGCAGCGACGCCGGCCCGGACUGCUCUGACGGAGCGUCGGUACCGGCUCCGACCCGGAUUCGGCCUCCGGGUUCUGGGUUGAUGCGGGCAGUCUGCGGGGCUCCCCGCCCGCCUGUCGGCUCCACGGCCCGGGGCUGCUCGCUCCGACACGCCCGCCCUCCGCCCGCGAUGGGAUGCUGCGGGAGUGCGGAGAGGACAAAGAGAGAAUGGAGACCAAUGGAGGAGAGAAGCUGCACUGACCUGCCCUGGUUCCUGCUCUUCAUCCUCUUCUGCGUCGGCAUGGGGAGCGUGUGCGCCUACACCGUGGUCACAGGCGGCGCCGCCCGCCUGGUCAUGGGCUACGACAGCUACGGCAACACCUGCGGCCGCCGCAACCAGCACCUGGACCAGGUCCCGCUCAGCGGCCUGGACCACACCGACAGGAAGUUUGUCUUCUUCUUGGAUCCUUGCAACAUCGACAUCGUUCAGAGGAAGAUCAAGUCGCUGGCGUUGUGCGUGUCCCUGUGUCCUCCUGAAGUCCUCCACACCUACCAGGACCUGAAGAGGUUUGCCAUGGUCAACGGUUCGGAGUUGUGCUCGUACGAGCUCGCUGGUCACAAGUACCCCGCUGUGCCCGAGAGGUUCUCCAAGUGUCCCAAGCUCCCUGUCCCGCCCAGCAAGCCUCUGCCGCUCUUCAACCGCUGCACGCCGCUGGACUUGGCGUGCUACACCAAGUUCGCCCAGGCCGUGGUCACCUUCGUCAGCGACGACUCCUUCCUGCACCGAGUCAUCGCCGGCGUGGCGGCCAGUAAAGAAGUCAUCGUGGGACUUUGCCUUCUGGCGCUCGUGCUGUCCAUGAUCCUCAUGGUGAUCAUUCGCUACAUCUCGGCCGUCCUGGUCUGGAUCCUCACGUCCUUGGCGGUCCUGGCUUCUCUAGGCGGUACCGGCGUGCUGUGGUGGUUCUACGUGGACCACCGUCUCCACGGCAACGACACCCACACAAAGGUGACGGAGGAGGAGGAGGAGUCGAGGCCAGACGGGAACCAGACGCUGCUGGUCUACGCCAUCGCCGCCAGCGUCUUCACCGUCAUCUUGCUGCUGCUGAUGCUCUUCAUGAGGAAGCGAGUGGCGUUGGCCAUCGCUCUGUUCCACGUGGCGGGAAAAGUCUUCAUCCACCUGCCGCUCCUCACCCUCCAGCCCUUCAUCACCUUCCUGCUGCUGCUCAUCUUCUGGCUCUACUGGGUCCUGGUCCUGCUCUUCCUGGGAACUAGCGGAGAGCCGGUCCACAACGAGGAGACGGGCCUGACGGAGUUCCGUCUGACGGGGCCUCUGGAGUACCUGACCUGGUACCACGCUGUGGGUCUGGUGUGGAUCACAGAGUUCAUCCUGGCGUGCCAGCAGAUGACGGUGGCGGGGGCGGUGGUCACCUACUACUUCACCAGGGACAAGAAGCGACUUCCUGCGUGGCCCAUCGUGCGCGCCGCUCUGAGGCUGCUCAGGUACCACGUGGGCACGGUGGCCAAAGGCUCCUUCAUCAUCACGCUGGUGAAGGUCCCUCGACUGAUGCUCAUCUACGUCAGCAGGCAGCUGAAGGGCAAGGAGAACGCCUGCGCUCGCUGCGUGCUGAAGUCCUGCAUCUGCUGCUUGUGGUGUUUGGAGAAGUGCCUCAACUAUCUCAACCAGAACGCGUACGCCGCGACCGCCAUCAACAGCACCAGCUUCUGCACGUCGGCGCGAGACGCUUUUGUGCUCCUGGUGGAGAACGCCCUGCGAGUCGCCACCGUCAACGCCAUCGGGGACCUGGUGCUCUUCCUGGGGAAGAUACUCAUCGUCACGACGACGGCGUUCGCCGGCGUGCUGCUGCUCAACGCCCGGCGAGAUUACGCCGAGUGGCUGCUGCCGCUGGUCAUCGUCUGCCUCUUCGCCUUCCUGGCGGCGCACUGCUUCCUGUCCGUCUUCGAGAUGGUGGUGGACGUGCUCUUCCUGUGCUUCGCCAUCGACACCAAGUACAACGACGGCACGCCGGGCAAGGAGUUCUUCAUGGACAAGGCUCUGAUGGAGUUCGUGGAGAGCAGCCGGCGUCUGGAGCGCGUGGCCGGCCGCGGGCGCAGCAGAGUGAAGGCCACGCCCUCGGAGGGCGCCGAGAUGAAGCCCAUGGCUCCUGGGAGCAGCUCAGCUUGACAGAAUGAGGCCACAUUGGGACUUGUUAGACAAGAAAAGACAUUCCAGAAGUUUAUUUUUACCAACGUGUAACAUGUUUACUGUGUUUUCACUCCAGGAAAACAAUAUUUUACUAAGAAUAACCACGUAACCAAGCACUUUAUAUGGAAGCACGGCGCAGUUGGGGAUAGGGAACAAUGUUUUCUUCUUGACCUUUUGGGACGAGGACGCUUUGUGACCUCUGAUGACGACAUCUCUUCUCUCAUUGGUCGACCCUCCCGUCCUGAGUGACACUUUCACGCGGUCGCCCCCUGAGGUCACAUGACCGCCGAGGUCCUACGGCGGUCUCUGGGUGUGGGCGGAGCUUCCUGCAAUAAAAACAAAAGUCUUCCUGGCGUGAGGCGUUGAGGUCUCAAGACAGGAAGCCGGAUCUUCACGCACUCCACACUACCCAUGAUGCUCAGCCCUCGGCUCCGCCUUCUCCGUGUGACUUUCUCCCAGACGGACCAGGGUCAUGUGAUCAGAUACUAAUUGCCGAUUGGCUCACACACAAGGAAAAGGGUCGGCUCGGUCCGGACAAGUCCCAAGAAUCAGCAAAGGGGGCGGGGUCACAUCCUUCCAAGAAUCAGCCAAUGGCAGCGAAGGGGGCGCGGUCACAUCCAAUCAAGUGGAUGGAGUUAGCUAGACGGCGUAGUUGCAUGACCUGGCUUCUUCUUCACUUUGUAAGUCACGUGACUCGGUGCUGUCAUGUGACCGCACGCCAGUGUUUGGCUUUUCUCUGCAGUAAAAACUCAACUUUGUAACCUUUGACUUUUCUUCUGUUCCUGGAUUUUUUUUUAUAUUUAUCCUUUCUUAUGUAUAUUUGUUUUUCUAAGAAAAUAGUGAA